AUGAGCAGGCCCAAGUCCCCACUCAUUCACGGUGACGACAUAGAAAACUAUGGCUCGAUGCAAACAUGUCAAGAUGAUGGAGCAAUCGCGAACGAAUCACUCAGCUUCACCGCCAGAAAUGCUGGGAUGUUAUUGAUCAUAUACUCCCAGUUUUUCUUCGCUUCCAUGGAUAUCUCAGUGAAGUUACUGAACGGCUUGGAGCCUCCGGUACACACACUUCAGAUUAUUGUGAUCAGGAUGGGCAUCACUUUUGUAUGCUGCGAGAUAUACAUGACUGUCAUGGGGAUCCCUGAUCCGAUAAUUGGCCCUAAAGGUGUUCGAAUGAUGCUGUUCUUUCGUAGUAUCACUGGGUUUUUUGGGCUAUCUGGCAUGUACUGGUCGCUCCAGUACUUGUCUGUCGCGGAUGCGACGGUCUUGGUUUUUUUAACACCUCUUACGACGGCGGUGGCUGGAUCUGUGUUUUUGAAGGAAAGUUACUCCGUCAAGCAAGCUGUCGCGGGAGUUUUUAGUUUACUCGGUGUUGUCCUCAUAGGCAGACCCGCAUUCCUGUUUGGUUCCUUGGAUGCUAUUCCUCAAGGACUCCCAGACACGGCUCCUGCGCAAAGGCUGGCGGGUGUUGGGGCGUGUAUGGUCAGCGUGCUCGGAAAUACUGGAGCAUAUACCUCGAUCCGCGCAAUUGGGAAGCGCGCUCACCCGAUGCAUGUAAUGACAUUCUUUUCAUUAUGGUCCACAAUUAUAUCAUCUUUGGGGAUGGUUGUUUUCGAUAUUCCCGUUGUAUAUCCUACAUCAUGGAUGUGGGUACUUCUUCUGUUCAUAGUCGGUGUCUUCGGCUUUGCGGCGCAGACUCUUUUGACGAUGGGACUACAGCGAGAAACUGUGUCGCGUGGUGUCACUGGAAUGUAUGCCCAGGUGUUUUUCGCUGUAGUGCUCGAACGCCUGCUCUUCGGAGUUGUACCGUCUCUAUUGUCAGUUCUCGGUGCCGUCAUCAUCAUGUCCUCUGCUCUCUAUGUCGUCAUGAAAAAGCAGAAACCUCACCAAGACAGUACCGCUGACAAUACCCAAAAAUAA